AUGGAGACCACAGCGGCCCGCGAGGCCCGGGGGGCCGAGGCCCCACGCCUGCCCGCGCCCCCGCCCUCGCCCGCCGAGGCCCCGGCUGCGUCCCCCACCCCGGCCGCGCCCCGAGCCCGCCCGCGCCUCGUCUUCCGCACGCAGCUGGCUCACGGCAGCCCCACCGGCAAGAUCGAGGGCUUCACCAACGUCCGCGAGCUUUACGCCAAGAUCGCCGAGGCCUUCGGGAUCGCGCCCACCGAGAUCUUAUUCUGCACCCUAAACAGCCACAAAGUGGACAUGCAGAAACUCCUGGGCGGCCAGAUAGGGUUGGAGGACUUUAUCUUUGCCCACGUGCGCGGCGAGACCAAAGAGGUGGAGGUCACUAAGACCGAGGACGCCCUGGGACUGACCAUCACUGACAACGGGGCUGGCUAUGCCUUCAUCAAGAGGAUCAAGGAAGGCAGCAUCAUCAACCGGAUCGAAGCAGUGUGCGUGGGCGACAGCAUUGAGGCCAUCAACGACCACUCGAUCGUUGGCUGCCGCCACUACGAGGUGGCCAAGAUGCUCCGGGAGCUGCCCAAGUCACAGCCUUUCACCCUGCGCCUGGUUCAGCCCAAGAGAGCCUUCGAUAUGAUCGGCCAGAGGAGCCGGAGCAGCAAAUGCCCCACAGAGGCAAAAGUCAGCAGUGGGAGGGAGACCCUGCGGCUUCGGUCUGGGGGGGCCGCCACCGUGGAGGAAGUGCCCAGUGAAUUUGAGGAGGAGGCAUCUCGGAGGGUCGAUGACCUGCUGGAGAGCUACAUGGGCAUUCGGGACCCAGAGCUGGGUAAGGGGCCAGGCGUCCACCAUGGUGGAGACAUCCAAGAAGACAGUGAGUGUCCAGGAGUUUGCACGCCAUUUAGACUCCGUUUUGGGCGAGUUCGCCUUCCCGGACGAGUUUGUGGUGGAGGUGUGGGCCGCCAUCGGCGAGGCCAGGGAGGCCUGUGGCUAGUCUGCCCCGGGGCUGAGCGCAGCCCCAGCCCGGAGCCCAGCCCCCUGCCCCAGCCCUCCCGGCCAGUUUCCCAAGCCCAGCCCUGCUCUGGAGUCCAGAAGCCCAGAUCUGAGACCCAGCCCUGCUCUAGAACCCAGCCCAGCUCAGAGACCAAGCCCAGAUCUGAGACUGGUAUCACCUCUAGAACCUACACCAGUUUUGAGACUGAGCCCAGCCCUGAGACUCGGCCAUGCUCUAGAACCCAGCCCAGCUCGGAGACCAAGCCCAGAUCUGAGACUGGUAUCACCUCUAGAACCCACACCAGUUUUGAGACUGAGCCCAGCCCUGAGACUCGGCCAUGCUCUAGAACCCAGCCCAGCUCAGAGACCAAGUCCAGAUCUGAGACCAAAUUCACCUCUAGAACCCAUACCAGUUUUGAGACCAAGCGCAGCCCUGAGCCCCAGCCCAGCUCAGAGACCAAGCCCAGAUCUGAGACCCAGCCCUGCUCUAGAACCCAGCUCAGCUCGGAGACCAAGCUCCCCUCUAGAGCCAAGGCCAGCUCUGAGACCAAGUUCACCUCUAGAGCCCAUACCAGUUUUGAGACCAAGCCCAGCUCUGAGACCAAGCCCUGCUCUGCAACCCAGGCCAGCUCUGAGGCCCAGUUCAUCACUAGAACUCAACCCAGUUCUGAGAUGCAAGCCAGCUCCAGAACCCAGCUCUCCUCUACAACCCAGGACAGCUCUGAGGCUAAGCUGAGCUCUGAUAUAAAGUCAAGUUUGGGAACGCAGACAAGUUUUAAGAGCCACCCCGGCUCUGAAAUCAAUCCUAAUUCUGAAAGCCAGGCCAGCUUUAUGACCCAACCCUCUCUUAAAACUCAACCCAACUCUGGAACGCAAGACAGCUCCAUGACCCAGCUGUACCUGGACACCUGGUCUAGCUCAGAAACACCAGUUAGUUCUGGAACCCAGGUGAGACUCAAGAAGCAGCCCAGUUCCGGAAGCCACAUCAGCUCAGGAUUCAAAGACAGUUCCCAAACCCAACCCUAUUCUCAUGCCCAGACCAGCUCAGGAACACAGAUGCAUGCCGCAGAGCAAUCCAGGUCCAGACCCCACCCCCAUACUAGGGCCCAGUCCAGCUCCAAUGAUGAGUCCAGCUCAGAGACUGAGCCCAGCUCUAUACCCCAGACUAGUGCAACAAGCAGGCCUGUCUCCAAAAUUCAGACAAGCUCUGGACCCCCAUCCAUCUCUGGGGCAAGGCCCACCUCCAGAACUCCACUUGAUGCCAAGCCCCGCCCUCACUGCAGAACACAGAGCAGCUCUAGAAUGUCAUCCAGCUCUGGGACCCAGACAGACUUCAAGGCUUGGCCUAUUUCCAGAGUUCAGUCCAGCUCAGGCACGCCACCCAGCUCUAGAACUCAGCUCAGUUCUACAGCACAGGCUGGCUCUGAAAUCCCAUCCAGCUCUAAAACACAGUCAAUUGCUGAGACCCACCUGAGUUCCAGAAUCCAGCUAAAGUCUGGUCCUUGGACCCAGACCAAUGCAGCAACAGACUUAAGCUCCACAGCUCUGUCGAGCUCUGAGAGCAGGCCCAGCUCCAGGACCCAGCCCUGCCUGGGAGCUCAAAAAACCUCUGGGACCCAGCUCAUCUCAGAAACCCUGCCAAGCUCUAGAAACCAACUCCAGACAACACCCCCAGGCAGCUCUGGUAUUGAGCCGGACUCUGGGAGACAGACCAGCUCUGGAACUCAGCUCAUCUCUAGAGCCCAGCCCAGCUCUGGGACCCAGACCAGUUCAAGAAUACAGCCCAGCUCUGGAACCCAAUCCAGCUCCAGAACGCAGACCAGUUCUGGAACCCAGCUCACCUCUGAGACCCAGCCCAGUGCAACAAUGCAGCCGCUCUCUGGAGUCCACCUCAUUUCUGGAACCCAAACCAGCUCCAGAACCCAGGCCAGUUCUGGAACCCAACCGAGCUCCAGAACGCAGACCAGUUCUGGAACCCAGCUCUACUCUGAGACCCAGCCCAGCUCUGGGACCCAGACCAGUGCAAGAGUUCAACCCAGCUCUGGAGCCCAGCUCAGCUCCAGAACCCAGUUCAGCUCUGGAACUCAGUUCAGAUCUGAGACUCACCACAGCUCUGAAACCCAGACCAGUUCAAGAACCCAGCCCAGCUCUGGAAUCCACCUUAGUUCCAGAGCCGAAUCUGUUUCUGAAACCCAAUCCAGUUCCAGAAGCCAGACCAGCUCAAGAAUACAGCUCAGCUCUAGAAAUGGGCUCCGCCCACAGACCCCUGGCCUUGACCCCAGAACCCAGCCUGAUCCCACUCCCCCAGCCCGGCCUCAACACCCAGGCCCACCACCCAGAGCCCCAACUCCAGGUCUCAGGAGGGUCUCUCACCCUCAGCCCCAUGAUCAGGUUCAAGGAGCCCAGGCCGAUACUGGCCCAGGCCGAAGCCUAUCCAUUUCUGCCCUGGUCCCACGGCCGUGGUCUCCCUCUGCCCCGCAGAAACCAGCCCUUCCCCCCAAGCCCCAGCUGAGACCCCAGAAGUCCACUCCACCCACCAAAUCUGUCAUCCCUAGUUCUGCCACCAGGGCGGCCCUCCCGCAUUCCCAGUCCCCUGAACCCUCAGCUCAGGGGCCUGCCCCCUCCCCCAUGCUCAGGGAGCCAGGGCCGGCUCCGCAGGCGUCAGAGACCCUCCCCUAACAUGGGGGGCUAUAGCUUGGGUGACAUACUUGUGGCCCCCAUCCCCUCUCCUGCCCCUCCCAGCCUGGGUC